CAUGAUUUUUUAAAUUCGCUUAUUCUAUUAUGACGAAAUUCAUUACCUUGUUUUAAUUCUAUGCUGAUUAAAGUUUUAUAAAAAUGUUGGAGAAAGUGAAACAUGUGAUAUUAAUUUUAUCCGGAAAAGGAGGUGUCGGCAAAUCUACUGUUAGCACACAACUUGCACUAGCGUUGCGGGAAAGCGGUUUGAAGGUUGGCCUACUAGAUAUAGAUUUAUGUGGUCCAAGUGUUCCUUUCCUCCUUGGUUUAGAACAAAGUGAUGUCUAUCAAUGUGAUGAAGGCUGGGUGCCCAUUUACACUGGGGAAGAUAAAACUCUCGCUGUCAUGUCAAUUGGUUUUUUAUUGAAAAAUCGCAAUGAUCCCGUAAUUUGGAGAGGCCCUAAGAAAACCAUGAUGAUACGACAGUUUUUAACCGAUGUCAAAUGGGACGAUUUGGACUACUUGAUUAUUGAUACCCCACCAGGAACUUCAGAUGAACACAUAACAGUAAUGGAAUGCAUGAGGGAUGUAAAAUGUGAUGGUGCUAUUAUGGUUACUACCCCACAGGGCGUCGCUUUAGAUGAUGUACGAAAGGAACUGACCUUUUGUCGUAAAACCGGUGUCAAAGUGUUGGGCAUUGUGGAAAAUAUGAGUGGAUUCGUAUGCCCAAAAUGCAGCAACUGCACAAAUAUAUUUUCCUCUGAUGGGGGCGUUGAGUUGGCUAAACGAGCUGGUGUUCCACAUCUGGGAACAUUACCAAUUGAUCCACGAAUUAAUGUAUUAGUGGGUACGACACGAUCUGUGCUUACGGAAUUACCGGAUUCCAACACAGCGAAAAUAUUUAAGUCAAUUGCCGAGCAGAUUACAAAUGCCAAUUCCGAAUCUAUUAGUACAGAUUGAGAGCAUAUAUUAACAAUUUAAUAGUAAACGUUGUGAAUUUUUUAAAAAUA